UGUAUCUGCAGGAUGUUGCAAGCAGCUGCAAGCAACAGAACUGCAGAAGUGCUUUGUAACAAUAAUAGUUCUAUCUGUAAAAUUUUAUAGUAUAUUUUACUGUAAUAAAAAACUAUUGAUAGUUGCAGAUUAGUUCAUAUAACAUUAAUAAAGUGCAUUGUUGAAAGAAGAUACACUGUCUUCAAGAAGUAUAGUUAUUAUGAAAUUAUUUUGUUCUACUCCAAUUUACCAUUCAAUAAUUCAACUAAAGUUUUAUAAUUAUAAUUUUACACAAUGGUAGAGGAAGUAGUUAACUCCACAAAUAAACCAAAGACUAAAACUACUAGACCACGUCCAGUUUAUUUGUGGAAUGUGUUGGAUGUACAAAAAUGGUUGAGAAGGCAUUGCAGUGAUUAUUACCAGUUGUAUCAUGAGAAGUUUUUGUAUCAUGACAUUACAGGAAGAGUGCUGCUGAGAAUCAAUGAAAAUAUUUUACUGAGACUAGGAAUCGAUAAUGAACAGCACAGGAUGGAUAUCUGGAGAGAAAUCAUGAAAUUGCAUCUGAAAACGGACAUGUUGGAAAUUAAAGACAUUGAACGGCGUAAUAAUUUAAAUUUUGAUUAAUAUAAAUUAAUCAGAUGUUAAGCCAAUAAUGUAAUUAUGGCAGAGCUUUAUUUUUAUGCUAAGAUGUAACAAGGAGAGAGCUGUAUGUACUUCUGUAUAUUUCUGAUAUUUUGCAUAUAAUUUCAUUUUAUUUGAAAACAGUAUUUGCCAGAAGAAUAUUUGGUGAUUUUUAGUGGAAAUAGAAAAUGGGGACAAAAAUUGGGGAAAAUGGCUCGCCGCUGUAACGUCAUUUUCUACGUUAUCCAUGGUAUAUGCCAUUCGAAGUAACUCACGAAGGCAGAUUUUACAACUGUUUAAACAAUUGGCCAUUAUGCAUUUCGCCGGGUGUACAAUUCGUCGGUCCUACACAUUUACAACGAACUGCGUUCGACCAUGCAUAUUUUUACUGUGAUUAUACUAGCAUAAUGAAUCCCCAUAGAUCGCUUAGGAAUUAUACAAGUAUAUAUUUUUAUAAAUAUAAGAAGAAGACGGUUCGUGUAGGUUUUGACUGUCUUUAUUUUAUCACAUUUUCACGGAAAAUGUUUUGCAUUUUGAAUAAAACUUUUGUGUCACUAUAAUAAAUACAAAUUAUAUAUAUACAAAUAUAA